ACACGGGCUGCGUGUGCUUUCGGAGGGGCUAAACUCUGUGCGGCGCGCUCAGGACUUUUAUAACGGAGAGUGUUCUGCAGAGAAAAAGGAUACAUGUUUCUUUGAGUUCCACAGUGCCCAGGACUGGUUUCUUCUCUGCUGUCAGCAUGUCAGUGUCACUUAGAACUGCAUGGUCCAACCUUUUCUGGAUGCGUUCAGUAGCAACCUGUAACCGGGUCCCACUGCAAAACGGAGCUUGCCAUAAAUCUACAUACUCAGUUCUCCCUGAUGACUACAAUUGCAAAGUGGAACUUGCAGUGACAUCUGAUUUGAAGACAAUUGUCUGCUACCACCCUUCGCUUGAGAUUCCGUACGAGCAUACCAAACCCAUACCACGGCCAGAUCCAGUGAAUAAUAAAGAAGAAAACCUUGAUCAAGUUUUGAAAUCCAGAUUGAAUGAAAAAGAGUUAAAGAACAAUAGAGGUCCUAGAAUUGAAGAGCUCAGUAAAAUGUUUUUCACAACAAAACAUUGCUGGUAUCCUGUGGGACAGUAUCAUAGAAGACGCAAGAAUCCUAAUCCUCCUAAAGACCGAUAACGAAGAUAACUUCUUGUUCAUCAGGACUUUGCUGUUAAUCUUUAUUGGAAAUAAAUGUUACUGAAAGUGACGUGUUAGGCUGUAAGAACAUGCUUAAUUUGAUUUGACUGUUAUUUUCUACUUUCACUAGUUGACAGAAAAAACAACCAAACAGCACUGAUGAAACAGGGAGUCAGUGAAGGCAGUUGUGCAUUCUUGGUCAGCAGAUGGCCUAGUCUUAGAAAAUGAUGUAACAGGGAUGGAGUGCACUGAUUAAACUCAGAGGCUCAUCAUUGUUCAAGUGAAUACGUAGAAGUCUUGUGUCAAAAUGGAAAGUCUAGAAGUGCAUGUGUUAGGGUUUGGUGGUUUUGAGGGGAACGGUAUUUUUUGUUCUGUAGGAAUCUAGUAACUGAAAUGCAGGUGAGCUUGAAUGCUGACGUAUUAAUGAAAUAGUUUUUAUGAAAAAUAUUAUAUGAGGUAUUUGUAAAAACAAUUAGAUAAUUUUCCUUCUUUUGUUUCACUUGUAAGAUACCUGGUUCCAUGUUUAAUUCUACAUCAGCCAAGUGAUUGUUUUUAAGGCUAUUGUUGUAUAUUCAAAACUGGCCAAGUUGGUUAAUUUUUAGCAUCCAAGACAGUGCCUUGCCCUUCUAAACCAUGCAGCAUUCUCAAGUAUCUGAGAACUUCUGCGUGMAUUCAUGGUUCAUGGAGGUUUUUUUCGUUGAUUUAAUCCCACCCCAGCUACUGCUCAGUGAGGAUGCUAUCUUCAGACAUGAAUUGGAAUAGCUGUAACACAGUGGAAGAAGUUGCUUACAUCAGCAAGAUAAUCACUGAAGUCUCCCWGCCCUUUGUAGCUUAGUGAGGAGGAAGGAUUUAUAUAUUUAUUAUAUAAAAUGCCUUAAAGAAAUUCAGUCUGAUUCUACUGCAUUGCUUUAACAUUUUCUGGUGCUUAAAUGUUACUCCUCUUGCAGUAUUCUAUGYCAUCUAGCAUUUUUUUUCUCACAGGAAAAGGAGAUUCUUUGUUCCAGUCUACCCUUUUAGGUAUCAGCCCUCUGAUAGAGAUGGCUAGCUUGGAACAUGGUGCCUCUGUAGAGAUCCCAGUGUCUUCAUAAAGCCUUCUAAGCAGUUGCUUCUAAAUAUUCAGAAAAUAAUGACCUCAUAUAUGUCAUACAUUUGUACUGCAUUUCCUUUCCAAAGCAACUUGGAUAACCAAGGAAGGGUUUUGUUUUUUCUGUUAAUCUUGUGUCAUUUUGCCAGUGUGUGUGUAUUCUACAGAUUGUGCUAGAAGCUGAGUACCACUCAACUGAGAAGUUGAGUAACUCUUAGAUUGAAAGGAUAGUACUCAAAACCAUUUUUUUCCUUCAGUAUAUUUAGUUGUGAAGAAAAGCCGUGUUGGAUGUGCGUAAAAAGACUGCCUCUAAAUAGGUGUGGACAUUUUUACAUAAAACUUAGUUCCAGUGCAUUUUUAAAUCUGAAUGCUGGGUAGUUGAUAAUGGUUUAGCGUGGCAGAGCAUGAAAUCGUUUUUCUCUGUUGUGCCUGUAAGAUACCGCGGUCUGUGCUCAAGCCRACAGCAGCCAAGUGAUUUUGGCUCUCUAUUGAUGUAUUGCUUACUCAACACGUGUGCUGUUGUGAAGGAAUGUCAGUGGGGUCUSUGCAAAGGAUGGCUGCUUAACUCUGCAAGUUCAAUCACAUGAGUUCAGCCACAAUCAUGGCUUUUUCUGCCUGGAAUAUAACCUUUUAAAUAGAUUGUAGUAAUUUGUAGUAUAACAAAUUUUGUUAUUUUCAUCGAGUCAUGGUGCCUGGUAUUGACUUUAGUGCAUAUGGAGCUUACAUCUCAUGUAGUGUUAUGUUCCACUGCAUAAAAUUGAGUCCCCUUUGUUUUUGAAAAGUUGAGACCUAUUUCUCACUGUUUGACUUCAUUCCAGUGUAAGAAAAUGUAUCCUUGGACUAAUUUAAACUUAAAAUUAUUUUCCCCUGUUCUUUCCCCUAUACUUUUGCUUACUGUUGCCUAAUGCUGCUAAGAAAUUUUGCUUUACAGAGAAACCUUCUGUUAUGACAUUUGUCCAUUCUUGCCUGUCAGACCCUGUUUGUGAUCAAACAUCCACUAUGACUGUAGAAAUACURGAUUUCACAAUGUUUCCUAAGCACUUUUGGAUGCUUUUCAGGCAUUUUGAGAGCUAAAAAACUCUGAUGUGCUUGGCAGCUAUCUUUGAAGUACUUCCUCUUCUGACCACUUACUGGAAACUGUCUAAAACACAUGUUCACUACAUGUACCCUCUGCCCUUUUGUUAUUAAUUCAUAACAUUAAUGUUUUGAAAUCUCCUUUCCCUCUGUUGUGCUGCUGCUUUCAAUCUUUCUGUGUUUUCUUCUACUAAAUCUUUUUCCUGGGUUGUCUGAAGCAUGACAUAAUUAAAAUACUGCUCUCACAGUAAUUUGAAGCUCUCUUGGUUUUCUAGGUCUCAAACAACUGUCUCAGUUUCACUUCACUUGAAAGCUUGAAUUCAGAACUCAUCCACUUCAUUAUUGUUCCACGUCUAUAAAAAAAAUUAAAAACUUGAAAAGUCAUUUGGGAUUUCAGUUUUCUGUUGCUCUUUUUCUUUGUAAUUGAAAACUUAAAUUGCAUAAAAUUCACAAUGUUAAGUCUGUUCUGGUACUUCAUGUCCAAUUUUGGGCACUCAGCCAUUUACUUUGUAUCUGGUAGCUAUUGAGUGKUCCAGAUCAUCUCAGCCUCAUUGCUGUGGAUACUCUACAGUUGCAUAAAUCUUACUGAGUGAUUUUUGC